GGGAUCGUGCAGUGGUUUAUAUUAUUAUUAUUAUUAUUAUUAUUAUUAUUAUUACACCACACCACCUACACACAACACCUGGACUUUACUCGGAGUGUCCGGAACAUGAAGAGCGCUUGGAUCUGUUUGUGCGCAAUCUGCGUCUGGUUUCCAGUUCAAGGAACAUAUCUGUCCUCGAGAUGUGCAUGUAAUGGAAAGGCUCUGUACUGCGUGCGGGACUCCCUGGGCCUGCGCUGUGCGAACUGCCAAGACAACACCGAUGGCCGGCACUGUGAGAGCUGUAAGGAAGGAUACUACCACCAGAGAGCAGGAGAGCGCUGCUUGCCCUGCUACUGCAACCCCACAGGCUCUGAGGGCUCAGGAUGUAACAGUCAGGGGCAGUGUGUGUGUAAGCGAGGUGUGCAGGGGGCCCAGUGCGAUCGCUGCGCUAACGGAUCUCCAGUCACAGCCACCGGCUGUGAGCCGCUGCAGCAGAAAACCUGUUUCUGUAACGGUCAUUCAAACGAGUGCUCUCCAGCACAGGGUUACUCGCUUUACAACAUCAUCUCAACAUUUGAUCAAGGGACGGAGGGCUGGCGAGUCGUCACUGCUCCGAGUGUAAGUCCAUCCCAGGUGCAAUUCCGCUGGUCUCCAACACACCACAGCGUCGAGGUCAUCUCUGCAGACGUGAUGCCUGUUUACCUGUCUGCUCCAGCUCAGUAUCUGGGGAACCAGGCUCUGAGCUACGGUCAGACACUGUCCUUCGUACUGCGUCUGAACCGGGGAGUCCGUUAUCCUUCUACCUCAGAUGUCGUGUUAGAAGGUGCUGGACUAAAGGUUUCUGCUCCGCUGGGAAACAUGAGGACUGUCAUCUCCUGUGGCAAGAAAAUCACCUACACUUUCAGGCUGGAUGAACAACCCAGCAGCAGAUGGAAUCCCCAGCUCUCAGCGCUGGAAUUUCAAACCCUUUUGAGUAACCUUACGGCCAUCAAGAUCCGAGUCACGUUUGGGGAAGGGGGAAAUGGUUAUCUGGACGACGUGGUUCUGGUCUCGGCUCGGUUGGGUCCUGGCCUCCCUGCAUCCUGGGUAGAGAAGUGCCGUUGUCCGACAGGUUACGAAGGACAUUUCUGUGAGCGCUGCGCUACAGGCUAUAAAAGACGUUUCCCUGGUCAGGGUGUCCGUAGCCAGUGUGAGCCAUGUGCCUGUCGGGGAGGAAGCUGUGAUCCUGAAACAGGGGACUGCUACUCAGCUGAUGAGACACCCAGUGGACAAGCCUGUGGUACUGGUUACUACAGCGACCCUGAGAUUCCUGGAGCCUGCAAGAAGUGCCCAUGCCCCAUGGGCUACGUCUGCUCGCUCACUGCAGGGACACUGAACGUAAACUGCAGAUGCCCACCUGGGACAACAGGCUCUCGGUGCCAAAAGUGCAGCGAUGGAUUCUAUGGCGAUCCUCUGGGAGAGAGUGGCGUUCAGCGACCCUGCCAGAGCUGCCAAUGUAACGGACACUUGGACUUAAAUGCCGUGGGCAACUGCGACCGCUUGACAGGGGAGUGUUUCAAAUGCAUGAACAACACCACAGGCUUUCAGUGUGAGAAGUGUCUGGAGGGAUUCUUCCACAGCAAAGCCGGCGAUGCAUGUCGAGCUUGUAACUGCAACCCAAAGGGAUCAAUCGCCAGUUCCUGCAGCGAGCAGGGCCAGUGCAAGUGUAAAGAGGGUUUCGAGGGACAAAAGUGUGUCGGAUCUACGUGUCCAUCAUGCUUCAACCCUGUUAAGAGCCAGAUUGGGAAGUACGUGAAGAAGCUGCAGCACGUGGAGGCUCUUUUUAAUGAAGUGGGGACCGGUGGUGUGGACAUCACAAGGGCCAUGGAGAAAGCAAUCAGCACUGCUGAGGAAAUGGUCAAGACAGUGGAAAGUGAAGCAGAAUCACUUAUUGAGGCAGAGAAGAGUCUUCAUGCCCAGCUGGUAGCCAUCGGCAACGAUCAGCGGAAAGACGAGGGAAAAAUACAGGACAUCUCACAGAUCGUGGAGAGCGUCGUCCGACAGGAGCGGCAGUAUCGGACAGAAGUGGCUGACAUCCAGAAACUCAUCAGUGAUAUUAGGCAAAAUCUGCAGAAGGCCAAGCGGGACAUCCAAUCAAUUGAGCUCCCCUCACGUGAUGCGGUACCAGGUACAAACGUCGCGUCCGAUUUGGUUCAGAAAGCAAGCGAUCUCGCUGAGAAGCACAUGGGUGAGGCAGCAACAGUGGAGCGGACAGUGAAGAGCUCUCUUCUCGAGGCUGAGAAAGCUUUGGCUCUUAUGCGCACUGUCAUCAGUGGAGAAAACAAAGUCACAGAGCAACUAAAUGGCCUCAGGACUCAGUACGAGGCAGACAUAGCCCAGGUGAAUGCCAUGAACAAGCAGGCGUCUCGUCUGAGUAAAGCAGCAGAGACGGAAAGCACAGUGGCACUGGAUACUCUGAAACAAAUAUCUGACCUGGAGAAAAACCUUCCAAAGGCCCCAAAGAAGGACAUCACCAGCUUGGUUGCCACACUGGAUGGUUUGAAGAAUUCAUUUGGGAGUAACGUGUCAGGGUUCCUGGAGCUGCAUAAACAGGCCGGGGAUGAUCAGAGAGAGGCAGUGGAGCUAAUGAAACAACUUAAAAAUGCUGAGCAGGUCCAGGAAAACCUGCUUGCCAGGGCCACCAUUGCCAAAGCAGAUGCAGAUAAAGCCCUGAAGCUGUUUAACAAUCUGGGCAGUGUGGAUCAGGCUCUGGAGAAGCUCAAAGGAUUUGAAGCCCAGCUCAAUAGUAGUAAGGCUUUGGCUGAUGAUGCCCUCAGUAAACUGCCCAUAAUUAGUGGCAUUAUUGGGAAAGCCAUGGUCAGCAACGACAAGACUCAGGCCAUUCUGGACCAGCUGGGCGACUACGGUGAUGCUCUGGGCACGCUCGACAAGCUAAACAUCUCUCUGGCCAAAGUAGAGAAAAUAUCUGGUUCCCUGCCGUCCUCGUCAGAUCUUUUGAAAACAGCUACGGCGCUGAAGGGAGGCCUGGAAGUGCUAAAUAACCAAGCAGUCUCAACCAUGAACAAACUGACCGAGGAGAAAACAAACGCAGAGAGAGAGCGGGAGCUAGCCGAGGAGGUUAAUUGGGAGGCCAGUGGAGCAUAUAUUAAUGCAAAUAACACUAAGGGUGCUGUCGGAGAUGCUCUGAAGACCGUUAAUAACCUUCUAGGAUUAAUUGGAACACCAGGAACUGUGGAUGAAAAGAAGGUGACGGAUCUGGAGAACGCUAUAGCCACGAGCCGUAGACGUGUGGAGACAGAGCUCAGGCCCAGACUCAGAGAGCUAGAGGACAAAGAGGCUGAGCAGAGAGCUGCCAUCACACGCAUGAUCAACGAUAUCGACACCAUCCUGGCUGAUAUCGACAACCUUGAGCACAUUAACCGUACCAUUCCAAUUAGCUGCUUUAACAGGCCGCCCAUCGAGAGGCCUUAGUGGCUUAAUGUAAGAAAUGGACUAUGGGCCUAUGGAUAGACAAUGCCUCUGAGACUUUUAGAAAAUUGACACCACGUUUCAUUUAAUGUGUUUUUUUUAUGUGUAUUUUUUACUGGAGAUUUAGGAGUCAGUGGCUGUCACUAAUUAUAUUUAUAUAUUCCAUGACUGUGACGUGUAAGACACAAACAAUAUUAAUGCAGGUAGGAAAGAUUUGGAUACCAUUUUUUUUGUUUGUUUGAUCCCAAAGACAUUCCCAUGUGUAAUCAGUAUUUAUUGUAUGUAUUGUGCUUUUGAAUAAAAUGUUGAUGUUGAUUGA